UAUCACGUGAUGGUCGAAUUCCUAACUCGCGCAGCAACAAAACCUCCUCCUGGAUCUGUUCUCAUCCAGCUUGCUCAGCACUCCACACAGCAUCGAGAAGGGCAUCAGACACGCAGAAUCAUCAUGCGCUGCUGACCAGAUGCCUGCCGUCAAAGAUUAGCGGCUAUUUUCAUCUGGCUGCCAUUCCCGCACUCCGUCUCCCGGCAAAAACUCAGCUCCGGCUUCCGUCUACUUUCUUUCCUCUCCGUUGCCGACUAUCCUUUUGGCUCAUCAAAGCCCUUUCGCCUAUCUCUUUCUCUCCAGACCUUAAUCACCAUGUCCUCCUUGCAGAAUAAUGUCCCUUCGACACCUCGAGUCACCUCUCCUACGCCCCCUCCUUCAGAACCGUCGGAAUCACGAGAUGAAUAUUCAGGGCCUGUGACACGCGCCGCCGCCAGGCGUCAGCGACUUUCAGCCACACCGGAAGUGCCAGAAGAAGAUGCACGAGAGCGCCGUGUACGCACAGACUCGAAAUCGACGAAGCGAUCUCGCCCCAGGACUUCGUCGUCCGGCUCGCAAGCAGCUGCUACGCCUUCCAGCCCUCAACGACGACACAAAUCUAAUGUCGUGGCCAAGUCUGAGCCAUUAACAAACGGCAGUCUCCCCGCAAAUGGACAUCUGUCACCGCCAUCAAACGGUGCUCACAGCAACUGGCGCAAUUUCUCUCGUUCUCCGUCACCGCUAGGCCUAAUUCCUCUUCACGCGCGUUACCGCUAUUUCAUCCACCGCCAUGAAAUUCCUCGCAAGGCUCUUCACGUGUCAAUUGGAUUCAUCACACUUUAUCUGUAUAGACGUGGAAUACAACCUCUACAAAUCACUCCAUGGCUAUUUUCUGCGCUGGUACCCAUUGCCGCGGUAGACGUAAUCCGCCAUCGCUCGCAGAAGGUAAAUAACCUCUACAUCCGCUGCGUGGGUGCGCUCAUGCGCGAAACGGAGGUGAAGGGCUAUAAUGGCGUGAUUUGGUACCUGCUGGGCGCAUAUUUUGUUCUCCGGGUCUUCCCUAAAGACAUUGGUGUGAUGGGAGUCUUACUGCUUAGUUGGUGCGACACGGCUGCGUCGACAUUCGGCCGCCUUUGGGGCCGGCACACCAUCCGUCUUCGCCACGGCAAAAGCUUGGCAGGGACCCUAGCUGCCUGGUUCGUCGGUGUCUUCACUGCCGCUGCGUUUUGGGGCUGGUUCGUGCCUUACGUGGGAACCUUUCCCAAUGACCCUGAGGAUUGCAUCAUGUUCAAGGGCAGCCUCAAUCUUCUCCCCGAUGUCGUCAAGGGUCUCCUUGGCUGGACGGCUGACACUACUAGCGCCGUCGUCAUGGGCCCAGUCGCUCUGGGCGUCAUGAGCUUUGUGUCCGGUCUCGUCGCUGCCGGAAGUGAGUUCAUCGAUCUUUUCGGAUGGGAUGAUAAUCUCACUAUCCCUGUUCUCAGUGGAAUUGGCCUGUGGGGCUUCUUGAAGGUUUUUGGUUGAUACCUUUACUCUAGGUCUCUUGUUCAAUUCUAGAUCCCGACAAUCUCCUGUUCGUCUUUCUCAUUGCUCUGUAUAUUCAUGCCUUCUUUAUUAUAAUCAGCGCUCGAUUCCACUUGGAUCGGAGAUGAAAGGCAGAACACACCCAUCUGUUGAAUGCUCAUCUCUUCUCUCCUUAGAGUGUCUCAGUCUCCCCCGCUAGACGGAUAUGUGUCUCAACUUGGUCCGUUCCCUAUCUGCAACGGCAGUGUCUGCUCGUCCGGAGUUAUUACGAAGUACUGCUUAACCCUUUUUCAUUGUAAUAUUUAUCCCCUUUACCUUCUCAGAUGAGAAAGAACCGAUUUGUAUUUAUUUGCUUUAACACCCUGUCUCACCCCCUUUCCUAUGUCCCUUUGGACGCAAUAUAAUCUCGAUAGAUACGCUGUUAACGAUAGAAAUGCGAAGGAAUUUUCUUUAGGAAGUCCAUCCCCUAUACUCGUAUUAUUAUUAAGGGCAACUCCGAAGGGAGUGUGCCCAAUGUCCACUGCACUACAAGACUGGUCAUGUUCGCAGCAUCAACGCCCUCAAAGCGAACUCUAGUCGUUUGAUGCCAGGCUUGUUCCAGACUACCUGGAUCGGAUAUUUCACCAGACUUUCAGGUCAAGUCAAGAAUGCUUGUGCAGCCAAUUCGCCUCUCUCUUCUUCCUGCCAUUCUCCAGGUUACUCCCGUCAUUAAUGAGAGAAUCAGUAGCGGUGGUAGUCCAAAAGCCGUCGCGAGUUGUCACUACGCAUUCGGCAUGCUCCCACUCAGAUUGAAGAUUGGUGUUCAGAUUCUUGGACCUCGAUCCCUUUCUAAGCUGACGCCUGGGUUCGUCAUUAAAGUCUUCUUCGCGUUCUUUUUUUUUUUUUUUUUUUUUUU